AAAGGGCAGAAUGCAGAUCGGGGGAGGGAGGGGAAAGGAAGAAAGCAGGAUAAAUAAGGUCCAAACUUGUAGAUCUUAAGGAUCUUGCUUGGCAUGGUUGCCACAGAGGAAAAUGAGCAUGAGUUACAUAUUGUCGGUGUUUCUGAGGGAGCUGCCUGGCUACGUUCUCUUUGCUGGGAUCUUUAUGCCUGUGACUUUACUCCUGCUGCUGCUAAUUGCCUACUUCAGGAUCAAAUUAAGGGAAGUUGAUGAGGAACUGGCCAUGGCACAAGACCCCAGAAAUGCCCUCCUGAAUCACCGUGGACAGUGGAAGAAACCCAGGAGAUCUGGACAAAAAGACAACAAAUACAAGAACUCAAGGACAUUUAAGGGAGUCUCACGUCUCAGGAAGCAAGCUUAAACACAGUACUCAGGUCUGCAAGUUUAAAAAUAACCAACUGUAGAUAAAUACCACAGAGGAAAACAAAACAGAGAGAAGAAAUUAGUGCUGUGCUGUACAAAUGAAAUGGCUGCUGCCAUUCAAAAAGUUCUUGUAACCAUUUUGCUUUCUCAGGGGCCCAAGCAAGUGGUACUUCGUGCACCUCAGCAGAGACCAGACUUCCUGCAACAAGCUGUAUCAGUUCCCUUACAUGACACAGGAUCUGGGGGGAGGGACAGCACCUUGCACAUGAGCCCUUCCCUGGCCAACCAAGAAGAAAGCCAUGUAAUGAGCUCCUAAGAGAGCUGAGCUGGUGCACACAAGGCAGGCAGUCUUAAACUGAAGAUGCAUAAAUAGCAAGGUCAUAUCAAGCAUUGACAUCCAGGAAAUUGAAAAGAGUGAUGAACGGGAACUGAUUUUUUUAUUAGCUUGUACACUUUGGGAAAGAUUGUAAGUUUUAUAAAAUACGCUUUCUAUAAAGUUUGGAAGCAAAAUAUACAGUAAUGGUGUACCUCAUAUUGGCUGUGGAAGACAACCCACAAAAAUGCAACUCAAACUGUUUGAAAGCUCUAUUGCCUUUUGGCUUCUCUGAUUCUGAUUCUCAAGUUUAAACCCAAAUUGAUGAAGAAUGAGUGACUAUCAUUACUGUCCCUGAUGUUUACUGUCCCUGUCUGCUAGUGAUUGCUGUCUGUAAUUAACUUCCAUUAAAGCUGCUUGUCAUUUCCAAUCCUGCAAGAACAGAGUGGAUAAUGCCUUGUCUGAGAUUUUGUGUGAGUUUGCACAAUUUCGGUUCUCACAGACUUUUAAGAACUCCUUGUAAUCAUUUUAUAAAAACACUAAUGAGACCAUGACCACAGGUUUAAAAAAACACUGUAAUUUAUCAAAGUUUAUGAGAAGUGAAGAGGACUGAAAGAGCAAGUACCUUUACUAUACUUAACAGUCCUCUCCCAUUUUAAUACUACAUGAAUUAUUACAUAAUUCAUAACACUACGCAAAUAACAUAGAGUACAUUGCACUGAACAGGUGAAGAACCAGGUGUUUGCAAUUGAAAAUACAAUCUUUUGCAGGUAAGUUGAGGCAGCCACUGAAAAGAAUUUAACUUUCUCCAUUUAAGGAUGCUGCCUUCUUAAAGCAAUGAUCUGGGAUACUGAUCAGAUGCUAAAGGAGUUGUAACAUACACAAUUCCAAACACCCUUUCUCUCACCACCCAAGAACAGAUUGGCCAGGAUCACAUAUAAAAAUGCAGAAUGAAAGUUUUAGCAAGGCUUACAAAAAUUGAUUUUUUAAAUUUCACAAAGUGUCUAAGAAUGGAAAGAUCUGAAAUGUCAAGAAGUGACAUCACUCUUUAAUACCACUUUAUCUUAAAAUGGUGGUAUGGAUACCAAAGAUAAUGCCACACAGAUACAGUGGAUGCCUUUGACACAACUGCUUAUUGAGCUGUAAUUGCUAACAUGUAGGAGGAUCUGACAUUCAAGACUUAGUAACUAAUAUGUAAAGAAAAUUCUCAGGCCAUCUUGUUUUCAGUUCCAUUACUGAAUAACAGCAAGAAAUAUUUUUGUUUUCAUGCUACUGGCAUGAAACACAUUAUUGUAUCCUAUAUAAUUCCUUCAAAAAGGAAAAAAAAGUAUUUAAAUAACACCAUAGAACUAAGUAUUUCACUAGAUAAAUUAUAAAAGCUUUAUCUAAAUAUAUGUAUGGAAAGAGUACUUGCAAGGAAAUAAUUUGUCUUCAAUUAUUGAUUUUACUGAGGAGUUCUCUGUCUUCCUGUCACUAGCAAUAAUGUGAAGUUAGUAUUCCAUUCCAUCUACAACCAGUAAGCAUGUUUAAAACCUUCUUGCCUGUGACUGUUCCUUCUUCACUUCCCAGAAUAGAAUUUAAAGUCUCAACAUUUAAGUUGGAAAGGUACAGAAAAGAUGAUAAAAUGAUAAAGAAUUGUGGAAUAGCUGUUGGCAGGGGAAUGACUGGAGAGAAUGACUGCUAGGUGUCUAUUCUAGUAUCUGCAAUGAUGCUGUCAGAUGAAGCUAGCAGGGGCAGGUUCAAAAGACAUGAAAGGUGGUUUUGGUUCUUUUCCUUUUGGUUAAGAAACAGAAUGGUUAAAAUGCCUGCCAGAGAAAAUUUUCAAAAAGCAAUUAGCUAAAAAUCCAGAGGCAGAUAAAUACAGAAGACUGAUAGCCCAGUAAGUCUUCAAAAAUUGCUGAAAGCUGGAAGAAUAUUUGGGCAAGUACUUUGUAGUACAGUAUUUAUACUUACGUGCAACUACCAGUAGCCUCAGAGUCAGGGACAUGGGAGAGUUAGUCACUUAGCCUGGUCCAGUACAGCCAUUCAUAUAUACUUACCUCCAAAAACUCUGGUAGGAUUUAACAGUACAAGAAUUAUCCAUAUUUUUAAUGCUUGUAGUCUGUACUAGUAUUACUACUCCAAGUAACUUUAUUCAAGUGCAGUAUAAAAAUCCCAAACAACUGAGCAGCCUGAAAAUCAAAGUUUCAAACCUUCCACAGAUGUAGUCAGUUUGAUAGUGUGGGAUAACAGCAGUUCCAAGUAACACAUUUCCAUGGUUAACAUGCCUAAAAGCUGAAAAGCUUCCACUGCAUCCUGGCCAAAGGUACAGUGAGUUGUCAUUCUGAUCACCAUCAAAUCUCACAGACUCUUGACAUCUGUCACGGUAUUUAUUUUAUUACAUCUAUUUGAUGUUUUCUGUGGCCAAACUAAGAGUUGUUAUUCAGCUUGAUUGUCAAAUAGAAGAAUGUUACAAGAAACAAUUUGUACUACAGCUGCUCUUUGCUUUAAGCAAUAAAUCUUUUGGUUUUUUAAAAGUUUGUCACUGGAGUUGCAUGCUUGUCCUUUAUGAAACCUUUAUCUAGGAAACACUCUGUAGAACAAUUCCAACAUUCAUUACAAACCCUUAGGUGAUCAUGAUUUCAGUACUCUGUGUAGGACCCACAUGACUUGCUUUUCUAAGUAUUUCAGCAGAAUUAAUUGCUGAAUGGCCC